UCUGACCCAGCCACGCGCAGACAGAGGACAGAGUAUUUGUUUGUGUUUGUGACUGUGUCUCGUGAUUUUUAUUUGAGUGCAGGUCCCCAUGAAGCGGCUGUCAUGCGCAUAGCGGCACUGAUAGCAAUCGUUCAGCUGUCGCUAGCUACAGCUGUUUCAGAUGGCACGCUCACGGCAGCGGAGCUGAACCGCCAACUAGCGGGGAGCAAUGACCUCUCCUUCUUCGAGGAGAGUUCGGAGGAAGGAGUGAGGUUCAUGAGAGGGUCUAGGUCGGCCGACUCUCCCCUCUCUCCCGACAUCGACGUACAAUGCGGCGCCGGACACAUAGAAGUCACAGUCGAAUUCAACGAUGUCUUCGAUGGUAUCAUCUACAGUAAAGGACAUCUGAACGAUCCUAAGUGCAAGUACGUAUCAUCCGGCGGAAGUCAGACGCGGUACUCGUUCCGUGUGCCGCUGGACGGCUGCGGUUCGCGGCCGCUGUGUAACGCCUGCGGAACCAUCGACAACAUCCUCGUCUUCCAGUCAGACGACUUCGUGCAGGGGCCAUAUGAUUUCGCUAGAAAAGUAUCAUGCGCAAGCACUGCACUCGAAGUGUCGACUGGUGGACGCAGGGAGGAAUCCCACACGCUCAAGCUGCGUCCAUUCAUGGUGGACAUGCUGGAUGUAGUCGCUGUACAGGGUCCGGCUGGUGGAGUGGAGUGCUGGAUGGACAUACAAAGGGGUGUCUUCCCUAAUACCUCGCCGUUACAAAACUCGAUCAAGAUAGGAGAACAUUUGACGAUAUUGAUAUACCUGAAGGAUCUUAGGAAGCAAUACAGCCUGAAAGUCCACGACUGCUGGGCAUACGAUGGCGAGUCAUACGACGAUCCUAAUACGAACAAAAUACAAUUGACAGAUAAACAGGGUUGUCCGAAGAAACGAAAGUUAAUAGAGCCUUUCGAGAAGUCAACUAACACGGGAUCAAGUGGAGCAACGCUAAUUGCCUACAGUAAAGUCAGCGCCUUCAGAUUCCCUGACACAGAUCAAGUAUACCUUACUUGUAACGUCGAAUUAUGUACAUCUGAAUGCGAAGCCUCAUGCACCGGAGUAACGAAAGAAGUAUCAACAACGGUCCGUCCACAGCAAUGCUAUCCAGGAUCUCCAGAUCCUUCAUGCCAAAGAGCACCAAAUUGUUACCCGGGAAGCAGCGACCCACGUUGCAGCAUACCGACGCCAACAGCUCCUUCAUGCUACCCCGGUAGUACUGAUCCUCGUUGUCCUCGCCCAACUUAUACACCUACUACUGAAAAUCCAUCAUCUUACCUUCCUCCUAAGCCAAAUUGCUAUCCAGGUUCUACAGAUGAACGAUGUCCCAAAAUAACAACCUAUGCUCCUCGCUGUUUCCCAGGAAGUACAGAUCCUCGUUGUCCUCAACGGACAACACCUACUCCACUUCGCUGCUACCCUGGCAGUACUGAUCCACGGUGCCCUCAACAGCCCACACCAUCUUUUCCAAUAAGUACACCGAAUAUUGGUACAACACCUCAACAACAAUGUUAUCCCGGAAGCGCAAAUCCCAACUGUCCACAACCGAGCAAGCCAACUACGUAUGAACCACCAACGUAUUUACCGCCUAGUCCUACAACCCAAACUCCUGCUAGUUGUGUUGAGGGUAGUUCUGAUCCCCGAUGCCCUCAACCGACACCUCCUAAUAUUCAAUGUUAUCCUGGUAGUACUGAUCCUCGCUGUCCACAAUCCGAGCCAGAUCGAACGACUUCUACUCCUCAGUGUUACCCUGGCAGUAAUGAUCCACGUUGUCCUCAGACUACAAAAUCUAUAAACUGUUUCCGUGGCAGCACUGAUCCCCGUUGUCUUACAACUACGACGACAGAGUUACCUCGCUGUUUUCUGGGCAGCAAUGAUCCACGUUGCCCUAAAGUAACAUCUCCACCACCCCCGAGAUGUUUCCCAGGAAGCAUAGAUCCACGUUGUCCAAAACCAACAACUCCAGUUCCGCCACGCUGCUUCCCAGGAAGCACAAACCCUAGAUGUAAGCCAAGUACAUCACCAUCAACGAAUCCACCAGUUACGAAACAAGAUUGCUAUCCAGGAUCUCCAGACCCUGCUUGCCCGCAACCUUCACGGCCUACAACUUUAAAUCCUCCGACUUACCUACCCCCAUCAACAUCUGGACCGAAGUGUUUCCCGGGAUCUAGUGACCCUCGCUGUCCUCAACCUCAACCGACAACACCUGAACCUCCAAGAUGCUACCCUGGUAGUACCGACCCACGUUGCCCUCAGCCUCAACCAACAACACUAGCACCUCCAAGAUGCUAUCCUGGUAGUACUGAGCCUCGUUGCCCCAAGCCUCAACCAACAACACCUGCACCUCCGCGGUGCUAUCCUGGUAGUACCGAUCCUCGCUGUCCUCAGCCUCAACCGACAACACCUUCACCUCCAAGAUGCUACCCUGAUAGUACAGACCCACGUUGUCCUCAGCCUCAACCAACAACACCAGCACCUCCAAGAUGCUAUCCUGGUAGUACCGAUCCUCGUUGCCCCAAGCCUCAACCAACAACACCUGCACCUCCGCGAUGCUAUCCUGGUAGCACCGAUCCUCGCUGUCCUCAGCCUCAACCGACAACACCUUCACCUCCAAGAUGCUACCCUGGUAGCACAGACCCUCGUUGUCCAAAACCAACUACACCAGAACCAACUAAACCGGCCUGUUAUCCAGGCUCACCAGAUCCAAGCUGCCCGCAACCAUCGCGGCCAACUACAUUAAAUCCCCCGACUUAUCUACCUCCUACAACAGCGGGACCAAAAUGUUUCCCUGGGUCAAAUGAUCCUCGUUGCCCUCAACCUAAGCCGACAACACCUGCACCACCAAGAUGCUAUCCUGGAAGUUCAGAUCCUCGCUGUCCUCAGCCUAGACCAACAACACCUGAAUCUCCAAGAUGCUACCCUGGUAGUACCGACCCUCGGUGCCCUAAGCCUCAACCCACAACACCUGCACCUCCAAGAUGCUACCCAGGUAGUACAGACCCUCGUUGUCCUCAGCCGCAACCGACAACACCAGCACCUCCAAGAUGCUAUCCUGGUAAUACUGAUCCUCGUUGCCCCAAACCUCAACCAACAACUCCUGCACCUCCGAGAUGCUAUCCUGGUAGUACCGAUUCUCGCUGUCCUCAGCCUCAACCGACAACACCUUCACCUCCAAGAUGCUACCCGGGUAGCACAGACCCUCGUUGUCCAAAACCAACUACACCAGAACCAAUCAAACCGGCCUGUUAUCCAGGCUCACCAGAUCCAAAUUGCCCGCAAGCAUCGCGGCCAACAACAUUAAAUCCCCCGACUUAUCUACCUCCUACAACAGCGGGACCAAGAUGUUUCCCUGGGUCAAAUGAUCCUCGUUGCCCUCAACUUAAGCCGACAACACCUUCACCACCAAGAUGCUACCCUGGUAGUACCGACCCUCGGUGCCCUAAACCUCAACCCACAACACCUGCUCCUCCAAGAUGCUACCCAGAUAGUACCGACCCUCGCUGUCCUCAGCCUCAACCUACAACACCUGCACCUCCAAGAUGCUACCCUGGUAGUACUGAUCCUCGCUGUCCUCAGCCUCAACCAACAACACCGGCACCUCCAAGAUGCUACCCGGGUAGUACAGACCCUCGUUGUCCAAAACCAACCACACUAGAACCUACCAAACCGGCCUGUUAUCCAGGCUCACCAGAUCCAAACUGCCCGCAACCAUCGCGGCCAACAACAUUAAAUCCCCCGACUUAUCUACCUCCUACAACAGCGGGACCAAGAUGUUUCCCUGGGUCAAAUGAUCCUCGUUGCCCUCAACCUAAGCCGACAACACCUUCACCACCAAGAUGCUAUCCUGGAAGUUCAGAUCCUCGCUGUCCUCAGCCUCAACCAACAACACCUGAACCUCCAAGAUGCUACCCUGGUAGUACCGACCCUCGGUGCCCUAAACCUCAACCCACAACACCUGCUCCUCCAAGAUGCUACCCAGAUAGUACCGACCCACGUUGCCCUCAGCCUGAACCAACAACACCAGCACCUCCAAGAUGCUAUCCUGGUAGUACUGACCCUCGUUGCCCCAAGCCUCAACCAACAACACCUGCACCUCCGCGAUGCUAUCCUGGUAGUACCGAUCCUCGCUGUCCUCAGCCUCAACCGACAACACCUUCGCCUCCAAAAUGCUACCCUGAUAGUACAGACCCACGUUGUCCUCAGCCUCAACCAACAACACCAGCACCUCCAAGAUGCUAUCCUGGUAGUACCGAUCCUCGUUGCCCCAAGCCUCAACCAACAACACCUGCACCUCCGCGAUGCUAUCCUGGUAGCACCGAUCCUCGCUGUCCUCAGCCUCAACCGACAACACCUUCACCUCCAAGAUGCUACCCUGGUAGCACAGAUCCUCGUUGUCCAAAACCAACUACACCAGAACCAACUAAACCGGCCUGUUAUCCAGGCUCACCAGAUCCAAACUGCCCGCAACCAUCGCGGCCAACUACAUUAAAUCCCCCGACUUAUCUACCUCCUACAACAGCGGGACCAAAAUGUUUCCCUGGGUCAAAUGAUCCUCGUUGCCCUCAACCUAAGCCGACAACACCUGCACCACCAAGAUGCUAUCCUGGUAGUUCAGAUCCUCGCUGUCCUCAGCCUCAACCAACAACACCUGAACCUCCAAGAUGCUACCCUGGUAGUACCGACCCUCGGUGCCCUAAACCUCAACCCACAACACCUGCACCUCCAAGAUGUUUCCCCGGUAGUACCGACCCUCGCUGCCCUCAGCCUCAACCGACAACGCCUGCACCUCCAAGAUGCUACCCCGGUAGUACCGAUCCUCGUUGCCCAAAGCCUCAACCAACAACACCGGCACCUCCAAGAUGCUACCCGGGUAGUACAGACCCGCGUUGUCCAAAACCAACUACACCAGAACCUACCAAACCGGCCUGUUAUCCAGGCUCACCAGAUCCAAACUGCCCGCAACCAUCGCGGCCAUCAACAUUAAAUCCCCCGACUUAUCUGCCUCCUACAACAGCGGGACCAAGAUGUUUCCCUGGGUCAAAUGAUCCUCGUUGCCCUCAACCUAAGCCGACACCUCAACCAACAACACCUGAAUCUCCCAGAUGCUACCCUGGUAGUACAGACCCUCGUUGUCCUCAGCCUCAACCGACAACACCUGCACCUCCAAGAUGCUAUCCUGGUAGUACCGACCCUCGAUGUCCUCAGCCUCAGCCUACUACACCUGCACCUCCAAGAUGCUAUCCUGGUAGUAACGACCCUCGAUGCCCUAAACCUCAACCCACAACACCUGCUCCUCCGAGAUGCUACCCUGGUAGUACCGACCCUCGCUGUCCACAGCCACAACCUACAACACCUGUUCCUCCAAGAUGCUACACUGGUAGUACAGACCCUCGUUGUCCUCAGCCUCAACCGACAACACCUGCACCUCCAAGAUGCUACCCUGGUAGUACUGACCCUCGAUGCCCCAAACCUCAAACAACAACUCCUGCACCUCCGAGAUGCUAUCCUGGUAGUACCGAUUCUCGCUGUCCUCAGCCUCAACCGACAACACCUUCACCUCCAAGAUGCUACCCUGGUAGCACAGACCCUCGUUGUCCAAAACCAACUACACCAGAACCAACUAAACCGGCCUGUUAUCCAGGCUCACCAGAUCCAAGCUGCCCGCAACCAUCGCGGCCAACUACAUUAAAUCCCCCGACUUAUCUGCCUCCUACAACAGCGGGACCAAGAUGUUUCCCUGGAUCAAAUGAUCCACGUUGCCCUCAACCUAAGCCGACAACACCUGCACCACCAAGAUGCUAUCCUGGAAGUUCAGAUCCUCGUUGUCCUCAGCCUCAACCUACAACACCUGCACCUCCAAGAUGCUAUCCUGGUAGUACCGACCCUCGCUGUCCUCAGCCUCAGCCUACUACACCUGCACCUCCAAGAUGCUAUCCUGGUAGUACCGACCCUCGAUGCCCUAAACCUCAACCCACAACACCUGCUCCUCCGAGAUGCUACCCUGGUAGUACCGACCCUCGCUGUCCUCAGCCACAACCCACAACACCUGCUCCUCCAAGAUGCUAUACUGGCAGUACAGACCCUCGUUGUCCUCAGCCUCAACCGACAACACCUGCACCUCCACGAUGCUACCCUGGUAGUACUGACCCUCGGUGCCCAAAGCCUCAACCUACAUCACCUGCACCUCCAAGAUGCUACCCUGGUAGCACAGACCCUCGUUGUCCAAAACUAACUACACCAGAACCAACUAAACCGGCCUGUUAUCCAGGCUCACCAGAUCCAAGCUGCCCGCAACCAUCGCGGCCAACUACAUUAAAUCCCCCAACUUAUCUGCCUCCGACAACAGCGGGACCAAGAUGUUUCCCUGGAUCAAAUGAUCCACGUUGCCCUCAACCUAAGCCGACAACACCUGCACCACCAAGAUGCUAUCCUGGAAGUUCAGAUCCUCGUUGUCCUCAGCCUCAACCUACAACACCUGCACCUCCAAGAUGCUAUCCUGGUAGUACCGACCCUCGCUGUCCUCAGCCUCAGCCUACUACACCUGCAACUCCAAGAUGCUAUCCUGGUAGUACCGACCCUCGAUGCCCUAAACCUCAACCCACAACACCUGCUCCUCCGAGAUGCUACCCUGGUAGUACCGACCCUCGCUGUCCUCAGCCACAACCCACAACACCUGCUCCUCCAAGAUGCUAUACUGGCAGUACAGACCCUCGUUGUCCUCAGCCUCAACCGACAACACCUGCACCUCCACGAUGCUACCCUGGUAGUACUGACCCUCGGUGCCCAAAGCCUCAACCUACAUCACCUGCACCUCCAAGAUGCUACCCUGGUAGUACAGACCCACGUUGCCCUCAGCCUCAACCGACAACACCUUCAUCUCCAAGAUGCUACCCGGGUAGCACAGACCCUCGUUGUCCAAAACCAACUACACCAGAACCAAUCAAACCGGCCUGUUAUCCAGGCUCACCAGAUCCAAAUUGCCCGCAACCAUCGCGUCCAACGACAUUAAAUCCUCCGACUUAUCUACCUCCUACAACAGCGGGACCAAAAUGUUUCCCUGGGUCAAGUGAUCCUCGUUGCCCUCAACCUAAGCCGACAACACCUGAACCACCAAGAUGCUAUCCUGGAAGUUCAGAUCCUCGCUGUCCUCAGCCGCAACCAACAACACCUGAACCUCCAAGAUGCUACCCUGGUAGUACUGACCCUCGGUGCCCUAAACCUCAACCCACAACACCCGCUUCUCCAAGAUGCUACCCUGGUAGUACCGACCCUCGUUGUCCUAAGCCUCAACCUACAACACCUGCAUCUCCAAGAUGCUACCCUGGUAGUACUGACCCUCGGUGCCCAAAGCCUCAACCUACAACACCUGCACCUCCUAGAUGCUACCCUGGUAGUGCAGACCCACGUUGUCCAAAACCAACUACGCCAGAACCAACCAAACCCGCCUGCUAUCCAGGCUCACCAGAUCCAAACUGCCCGCAACCAUCGCGGCCAACAACAUUAAAUCCCCCGACUUAUCUACCUCCUACAACAGCGGGACCAAGAUGUUUCCCUGGGUCAAGCGAUCCUCGUUGUCCUCAAUCUCAAAUUACGACACCUACACCUCCUAGAUGCUUCCCAGGAAGCACUGAUCCCCGUUGCCCUAAACCUACCGAAGGGCCCAAAUGUUACCCAGGUAGUGCUGACCCUCGUUGCCCUCAAAUAACAACUCCAACGCCACCUAGAUGCUAUCCUGGUUCAUCUGAUCCACGUUGCCCUACACCUACGACUACCGAAGGGCCUAGAUGUUACCCUGGCAGUCCCGAUUCUCGUUGUCCUCAAACGACUCCCGCUCCACCUAGGUGUUAUCCUGGUUCCUAUGAUCCACGUUGCCCCAAACCUACGACUACCGAAGGACCCAAAUGCUAUCCAGGCAGUACUGAUCGCCGUUGUCCUCGACCUACAACACCAGCACCAACAAAGCCAAACUGCUAUCCAGGCUCCCCAGAUCCAAAUUGCCCUCAGCCAUCACGACCUACGACUUUAAAUCCUCCGACUUAUCUUCCCCCAUCUACGGUAGGGCCAAAAUGCUUCCCAGGUUCUAGUGACCCACAGUGUCCCAAGCCCACAACUCCAGAAGAGCCUAGAUGCUAUCCCGGCAGUACUAAUCCACGUUGUCCACAACCAACAACGACAGAAUCACCACGCUGCUAUCCUGGUAGCACCGAUCCCCGCUGUCCUCAACCAACAACAAAGGCACCUCCCAGGUGCUAUCCCGGUAGUUCAGAUCCACGUUGUCCUAAGCCCACAACAACUGAAGGGCCAAGAUGCUACCCUGGCAGUCCCGAUCCUCGUUGUCCUCAACCGACUACCGCACCACCUAGGUGUUAUCCUGGUUCCUCCGAUCCACGCUGCCCCAAGCCUACAACUACCGAAAGGCCCAGAUGCUACCCUGGCAGUACCGAUCCCCGUUGUCCUCGGCCAACAACACCAGCACCAACAGAACCGGUUUGUUAUCCAGGCUCCCCAGAUCCAAAUUGCCCUCAGCCAUCACGACCUACAACUUUAAAUCCUCCGACUUAUCUUCCCCCAUCCACGGCAGGGCCAAGAUGCUACCCAGGUUCUAGUGACCCACGGUGUCCGAAGCCCACAACUCCAGAAGAACCUAGGUGCUAUCCCGGCAGUGCUAAUCCACGUUGCCCACAACCAACAACGACAGAAUCACCACGCUGCUAUCCUGGUAGCACCGAUCCCCGCUGUCCUCAACCAACAACAAAGGCACCUCCCAGGUGCUAUCCCGGUAGUUCAGAUCCACGUUGUCCUAAGCCCACAACAACUGAAGGGCCAAGAUGCUACCCUGGCAGUCCCGAUCCUCGUUGUCCUCAACCGACAACCGCUCCACCUAGGUGUUAUCCUGGUUCCUCUGAUCCACGUUGCCCCAAGCCUACAACUAUAGAAGGGCCUAGAUGCUAUCCUGGCAGUACCGAUCCUCGUUGCCCUCGACCAACAACACCAGCACCAACAAAACCAGAUUGCUAUCUAGGUUCCCCAGAUCCUAAUUGCCCGCAAACAUCACGACCUACAACUUUAAACCCUCCAACUUAUCUUCCCCCAUCUACAUCAGGACCAAAAUGCUACCCAGGUUCUAGUGAUCCACGAUGCCCCAAGCCCACAACUCCAGAAGAGCCUAGAUGCUAUCCCGGCAGUACUAAUCCACGUUGUCCACAACCAACGACGACAGAAACACCUCGUUGCUAUCCUGGUAGUACCGACCCACGCUGCCCAAAGCCUACCUACAAACCAACUUGCUAUCCUGGUUCUAAAGAUCCGAGUUGCCCGUCUAAACCAUCGACAUAUGUUCCUCCUUUAGUAACUAAGCCAACACCCAGUUCGUGUUAUCCAGGAUCAAAAGAUCCAAAUUGUCCACAACCUUUUGCUCCAAGUAGCACCAAUCCGCCAUCGACGUAUCUCCCACCCUUUCCUCCUUCCAAAGGUGGAGCACAAAAAAGGGAUAUAUCAGAAAAUGAGCCUUCCGAUGACUACGAACCUUCUCAAUCUGACAUAGAUACCUUCGACUCCUCACGAAUUGAGCCACGUAAAAGGAACGUUAGAAUUAUCAGGGACGUCAGCAAGCAAGAGACAUUAACUUCGCCUCACACUGCCAAUGACACAUCAAGCUUCAUCUACGUAGCUAUUGUUGGAUCCACAGUAAUGGUAUCUUUAGCAUUAGUUAUAGUUGCAAUUGUUAUCAAAUAUAGGCGAAGGAUUCCACAUAAACAGAAGACUUUGGACACAAGAUUGUCGUGCUAACAGGCCUAAACAACAUGUAUGAUAGAUGUAAAUGAAUUUCGGAUGUACA